CCCCAUGCUCCCACCCCACCCCUUCCCUUUCCUAGUUCAGCUCCGCCCAGCUCCCCAUCCUCCUUCCACCAACCUCUUUCCCAAACGCCAAAUGCUUCCUCUCUCCGCCGUCCCAGCCGUUUCUUCCCACCCUCGUCUCGACUUGGUUGCACCGGGAGAUGUGGGUGGCGGACACACGAGAGAGAGAGGGAGAUUCCGGAGGACCGCAGCAGGCAGGGUUUUAAUAUUGUUGCAGCCGCCUCCAAAUCCUGUGCACGAGGAAAAGGAAGUUUUUAAAACAAAGUUUUCUCCUGCUUCCCAAACACAUCUGGAUGCAAGAAAAAAACCCGCAAAAGGAGUGGAGACCAUCUGGAAUGAAAAGGUGUAAUCUGUUGGUAGUUUUUGUGUGAGCUUCAACUUCAAAGGUUUCUACUUGGAGAGGAAAGCUGGUCCCCUAUUUUGUCUUUUUUCACCGACGCAGACUAUGAGGAUUGCAAAGCCAGCCUGGUCCGGUAAAGAGAAGCAAUGAAGAAAGGAUCCUCCAUCUAGGAGAAUUUAAAUAUUUUUCAAAAAAAAUAAAAUAAUUGGUAACGCAUUGGUCAUCCAGAGAGUGGGAGUUGUUAGCGUUGGGUCCCAAAAUCUGAACCGGAUGGUAUAGCAGCAAAGAAAAAGGAAAUAAAAACCCUUGUUGCCUGAAAGCUCGAGGAAUGGGGACUGGGAUGUGCACGAGGAGGCAAAAGGGCCUUUUGCAAAUGGGGUUUUGCCUUGUAGCCAUGGCUUGCCUGGCAUCGGGAGGUUAUCUGUACAACCACCUCCAGCAGAAGGUGAAGUCCGCCGAAGCUUUGGCUUUGAAAUACAAGCAGCAACAGGAGGUGCUUUCCGCCCAGCUGCAAGUUGUUUAUGAACACAGGUCACGGCUAGAACGAUCCUUGCAGAAAGAACGAGGAGAGCACAAGAAGACAAAAGAAGAUUUUUUAGUGUACAAGCUAGAAGCUCAGGAGGCCCUCAACAAAGAAAAGCAAGACUCCAUGAACCGAUACGGGGCUCUGAGCUCACAACAUAAGAUACUGAAGAAUCAGCAUGAAGAUGUCAAGAAGGAGCUCCUGGACCUGCAGCUGCAACACAAUGGGCUGAAACUGGAGCAUCGCAAGACAGUAGAGACCCACAACCAGAAAUACUCCCAGCUGCAGAAGGAGAAGGAAAGCACGGUUGGAGAUCUGCAAGAUACAGUUUACAAGCUCAGGGAGGAAAACAAGUUGCUUCGGAAGGCCCACCAGGAUAUCCACACUCAACUCCUCAGCGCUCAGGUCCAGAUGGAGGAGUUCAGACAGCUCAAGGAGACCCUUCAAAAGAUGCCGAGUUUUAAGGGAGUAGGAGCGGCCAAAGGGCAGCCAAAGCUGCAGGUGAACGAGCAGCCCCCGGGACCCGGACUUGGCCUGUUGCAACUUGCUAGGCCAAAGGCCUCGCUAGACAAUGAAGCCAAACCACCCCUGAGCCCCUUGGGGCAAGCUGCAGCUCCUGCUCAGAGCUCCCUCGUUGCUCAGGCCUCAGGCAUCAAACACCAGGGAGAAGAAACUGUGCAUGAAGGGCCGGUUAUGCAUGGUGAUGACAGGCCUCAGGGGAACAUGCCGUUUGGCCAGCUGGCCCCACCUCAGGAAGCCCACGUUUCACCUCCAGUCUGGCCUCGGGCAGGGCAAAGGGACACCCCCAUCGUCCGCUUCACGAGGAUGGUGAAUAGCUUGCAGAAUGGGAAUCAGGACCAAAAAGCAGUCCAGAGCAUGCCCGGCGUAAGUGAGGAGAACGUCCUCACGGAAGCGAUCGCGAGCCGCUUCAGACUCCCGCCUGCUUCGGAGCAAGCACAGCCUUCAGAUCAGCAACUCUCUGUAGGAAGCAAGCGUGAUCCCGCGGUGCAGAGCUGGCAAGAGAUUGUCAACAAAGUCAGUGCCCGGAUGGAUGAGGAACCAGCUCUCCAUUACCCCCAAGGCCUUAUUGUGGGCACCAGAGCCCAUCAAGGGAUGGCAAAUGGCCAGCCAGUGCUGGCCAAUCAACAGAGAAGGGCGGAGCCGCAGCGAGCCAAUUGGGAAGCCGGCAAAGGAGGAAUGGAUGCCGGCAUGAUUGAGAAAGAAGACAAUUCACUCCCUCAGAAAGACACUGUCAUCCAGGAGCCGAUGGUGCCAGAUGAUGCUGCAGACCCGGCCGAGGACCCCAACAAUCAAGGGGAAGAUGAGUUUGAGGAGGCAGAGCUCGAACGCCCAGACUUUGAAGAGAAUCUGGGCCAGGCUGGCCAACUUGGCCACACCAGUGAGCCACCUAACGAUGCAAGCAAGGAAAAAAUCCAGAAGGAUGCUGGUGGACCAAAGAAAAUGGGAGACAACCUGAUGGAUGAUUAUCAGGAAGACCAGGAGCAAGAUCUUGAAGAUCAUGGAGGUGAGGUGGAUGACAGGGAUGAUCUGCCCCGAGAAGCCAGAGGCCACGCGGGAGGAGACGAGGGAAGAAACUCAAAAGCGAUCACCGUGGCCUGUUUUCUGAUCUUGCUUUGGGAGGUUUGACGUCUGUCAACAGUGAGCAGUUUUUAACAAGGACUGUGUACGCACACCGUACAUGGAAAGCCCAGGACUUCCCCGCAAGAAUCCUGGGAACACCGGGCUACAACUCUCAGCACCGUCAACAAACUACAGUUCCCAGGAUUCCUUGCUCUGGAAGGAAAGAACAUCGCUGGCUUCAAGACCAAAUUCGGAUGGGCUUAGAAAAGCUAUCUUUUGCCUUUGCGAGGCUGACAACUUGGCUGCGGUUGCAAUUUCACCCUAGAGGCUGGCAGCAGUCUCCCACGGAGCUGGUGGGGCAAAAUGUAGGGAGCCCCACAGUGGGCGGAGCCGGAACCAGAGCCAAUGGCAGAGACAUCUAAUACCGCUUGGUCCCCAUCUUCCUCCUUGCUGAGUUCUACAAGGGCAACGCUGAGUUUGAGGAGGAAGCUGGCAGGCAGGGCCACCCUGGGAUGGUUGUAAGCUAGAAAAUGGGCAGGGGAGGGCAGACUGAGAUUGGCAGCGUGGUGCCCCACCCUCCCUAAUGGGCCAGUCUCCGCUGUGUACAACUGUGCUGAAAUAUAGGAACCUGCCAUAUAGCAUGUCAGACUAUUGGUUCCUCUGUAUCGUCUAAUCCAGGGUUAGGGAACAUUUUCCAGCCUGAGGGCCACAUUCCUUUCUAGGAAACCUUCUGGGGGCCAUCUCCCAGUGAGGGGCGGAGCCAGAAGCAAAAGUGGGUGGAGGCGGAGCAACGAAUGCAAACGUCACCUUUGUACACGACUAGUUUCUUGGGUAAACAAGGAAUUGGGAACCAAAAAAAUCCGACUCAAAACUGCCUAUGAUAUGGAUGUGGAUGCUUUGUAGAAAAUUGA